UCUGUGUCCUCCCUCGAGAGCGCGAAUGUCGGAGGAAGCAUCCUGGAUUGCUGGGUUUCUGCAGCAGACUCUCACCCCCGACGAUGGAACCGCCGUCCGUACGGCCACGGAGUCUCUUGAUCGUCUCUCUCUGGAGCUCCCUCACUUCCCUUUUCUUCUUCUCUCCGUCGCCUCUGGUUGUCAGAAUCCUAGUCUCAGGGUUGCUGCUGCGACAUAUCUGAAGAACUUCACCAGACGGAGCAUCGGCACAGGAGGGACAACAUCAGAAGUCAGCAAGGAGUUCAAGGAUCAGCUCAUUCAAGCUUUACUCCAGGUGGAGCCUACGGUUCUUAAAGUUUUGCUUGAAGUGCUCCGAUCUGUUAUUGUGGCAGAGUUUGUUAAGCAAAAUUCUUGGCCUCAACUUGUUCCUGAAUUGCGUUCUGCUAUUGAGAACAGCAAUCUUAUAAGCAGUAGUUCAAACAGCAAAUGGAGUACCGUGAAUGCUUUGAUGGUGUUGUUGACAGUUGUAAAGCCUUUCCAGUACUUUCUGACCCCUAAAGUUUCCAAGGAGCCAGUACCACAACAGCUAGAGAGUAUCACAAAUGGAAUUCUAGUACCCUUGGUGCCAGCAUUCCAUCUUUUCGUAGAAAAGGCUUUGACUACCCAGGGAAGGAAAGAACUGGAAACAGAGAAAAUCCUUCAUAUCAUAUGCAAAUGCUUAUAUUGUGCAUUAAGGUCCCAUAUGCCGUCUGCAUUACCUCCUCUGCUUGGUUCGCUCAGUCGGGAUAUGAUAAGAGUUCUGGAAUCCUUGAGUUUUGAUCAGAAUGUUAAUUCUGCCGACGGAUAUAUGCUAAGACUGAAAACUGGAAAGAGAAGUUUGCUUAUUUUCAGUGCUCUUGUCACAAGGCACAGGAAGUACUCUAACAGGUUGAUGUCAGAUAUAGUAGACUGUUUGUUGAAGAUUGUCAGACAUAGCUCAAAUAUCAUUAGCCUUGGCUUCCUGCCUGAGAGGGUCAUCUCUCUGGCUUUUGAUGUCAUUUCCCAGGUUCUGGAGACUGGCCCGGGAUGGAGAUUGCUUUCACCGCGUUUCUCUUUUUUGUUGGACUCUGCAGUCUUUCCAGUGCUAGUGCUUAAUGAGAGGGACAUUUCUGAGUGGGAAGAAGAUGCAGAUGAAUUCAUACGGAAAAACCUUCCAUCUGAGCUGGAAGAAAUAUCUGGGUGGAGGGAAGACUUGUUUACCGCUGGAAAAAGUGCUGUAAACUUACUCGGUGUCAUCUCCAUGUCAAAGGGACCACCUGUAUCUACUUCGAAUGCAGCUUCCUCAAUUAGAUGUAAAAGGAAGAAAGGUGAAAACAAUAGAAGAACUAAUCAGAAGAGCUCCAUGGGGGAGUUUUUGUCAAAGUUUUCUGUACCCUCAAAGGACAACAAAUUAAAUGCUAGAAUUUCCAUCGGCUAUUUUGGCGUCCCAAUCGCAUAUGGCGGCCUGCAAGAUUUUAUCCAAGAACAAAGUCAUGAAUUUGUUGCGACUCUGGUUCGUGCUUGCAUGCUGCCAGUGUAUUCCACUCCUGAAUGUUCACCUUACUUGGUUGCAUCUGCAAAUUGGGUGCUGGGAGAGCUUUGUUCAUGCCUACCUGAAGUGGUGAAGGCAGGAGUUUAUUCUUCCCUAUUGUAGGCUAAGGCAGAGACCUCGUAUUACCCUGUGCGUGUAUCUGCUGCUGGUGCACUUUGCUCAUUACUUGAGAAUGAUUACCUACCACCUGAAUGGCUGCCACUUCUUCAGAUUACUAUUGUGCAAAUUGACCAUCUUAUUGUUGUAUGUGGCUUUGAGGCAUUAGCAGCAAUGGCUCAGGCUUUUGAGAGCUCCAAGCCUGAAGUGGGUGAGAAGAAAUAUCAAGCAAAUGAAAGCUGGCUAUCUGGUCAAGCCACCAUCAGCAAAGCUCUGUCAGCACUCUUGCAGCAAGCCUGGCUGGUACCCGUGACAGACGUGCCUCCAGCGUCGUGCUUAGAUCACUUAUCCAAUCUGUUACGCUCCGUUAUACUCGCUGUUACUGAUGGAAAUAUGUUUGUGGAACUCAGACUAUCUGAACUAUUAUCAGCUUGGGCUGAACUUAUCAGUAGCUGGGAUUCCUGGGAAGAGUCGGAGGAUUUAUCAGUUUAUUGCAUAGAAGAUGUUGUCGGCUUAAACAGCAAGUAUAGUUUCAACAAUAUCUUACUUAGAGAGAUCCCAUCCCCUCCAAACAUGCCAGUCCAUCCUCAAUCUGUUAUUGAAUCCAUGGGUUCAUUUAUCAGCAAGGCUAUAAUCCAGUAUCCAUCUGCCAUGUAUAGGGCUUGCUCAUGUGUGCACACAUUACUACAUGUUCCAAACUACUCAUCUGACAUUGAAGGUGUUAGGCAGUCAUUGGGUGUCAUAUUCUGCGAAGCAGCAUUUUCUCAUUUUCUAGAAGUACGUGAAAAGCCUUGUCCAUUGUGGAGGCCUCUAUUGCUGGUGAUAUCAUCAUGUUAUAUCUUAUGCGCUGAUUCUGUGGAAUGCAUUUUAGAAAAAGUGGUGUCUGGAGGUUUUGAGUUAUGGGUAUCCUCUUUGGCUUGUCUAUGCUCAUGUGACUUUGAUGCUGGUCUGUCCGCAGAAUCAGAACUAAAGUUGUAUGUGAUGGCGCUAGUGAAGGUUAUUGAGCGGCUACUGGAUGCAAACCAUAUGAAUUCUAAGGAUGCUUUGGCCAGAAGCUGCUUCGGUUCAUUGAUGGAUGCUUCUCUAAAGUUAAAGGAAGUGCAAGAAGAAACAGGUGAUGAUGAAGAUGAUGGAGAGGCUGAUGAAGAGGAAGCGGAAAAGGAAGAUGAAGAAACUGAUUGCGAUGAUGAGGAUUCAGAGAGCGACGAUAAUGCAGAAACUGAAGAAGAGUUUCUGGAAAGGUAUGUAAAGGCUAAAGCUGCUGCGGCGUUGGAGGAUGAUGAUGAAGUGAUUGAAGAGGGGGAUGCAGAAGAUGGAGACCGUGAGAUUGAUUUGGGUUCCCUGGAAGAAGUGGAUAAUUGGAAACUGUUGUCAUCAUUAAUGGAGAAGCAUCACCAGAAAGCACUUGGACUUGUGCCAGCUGAACUCAUAUCAACCUUUCUAAAUGCUUUUCCAGAAUUCUCUCUAUCCUUCUCCAAGUUCCUCUCAAAGUAAUUUGGUAUUGUCUCCGCAGAUUCGUCUCCUUUGUACUUUGAUGAGUUUGUACAAGUUGUAAUGCGUAUCUGAUCAUUUGUUCCAAAUACAUACGGUUUUCCUUCCAUGGACUAUUGAUUGGCAUCAAUAUACAUGCUUGGAAUCAGAUAAAGAGAGAGUUUUGACGCAUUGGUUGGUCCUUUAGUUGCAUACAUAAAAUCGGGAGGGUCACACAUAAACAGGAACUAAUACGAAACGCGUGU